UUCCUCAUCUUAUGAUUUCAGAUGGUCUGCAAUGCUGACUGUGUGAUCAGCAAUGUUGUGGCAAAAUGGCCUGGCUCAGUCCAUGACUCCAGAAUCUUUCGGGCCUCUGAAAUCUAUCAGUGCCUAUCACAAAGUGAAUUCUCUGGUGUGUUGCUGGGAGACAGGGGGUAUGGCUGCCAGCCUUUUCUCCUGACACCUUUCACAGACCCCCAGGAAGCACAGCAGGCCUACAACCAUGCCCAUGCCAGGACCAGGGCCAGAGUUGAAAUGACCUUUGGCCUCCUGAAGGCACGCUUUCACUGCCUUCACAAAUUAAGGGUCAGCCCUGUUAGGGCAUGUGAUAUUACUGUGGCUUGUGCUGUCCUCCACAAUGUGGCCUGCCUGAGGAAGGAGAGGGCCCCCAGAGUGCCACCAGCCAUGGACUGGGACAAUCCGGCAAUCUUCCCUGAUGACGACAGUGGUCGGCUGCUGAGGGACCAAUAUGUGUUGAAUUAUUUUAGUUAGUAUGUGUGCUUUCAAUUUUGGUUAAAUAUGUCCUGCGGUGGCAGAGGAAUUUGGUUUUUUUUGUGUUUGUUUUUUUACGAAUUUGGCCACUUAUGAUGUUUGUGCGGUAUACUGUGUGUAAUACAAGGCUGCAGGGAGGCUACUGCAUCCAUUCAUUUGUCUGUUCAGUUGAUGUGUAUGGAUUUGUCCUGCAUUUAUUUUAGUGUGCAGACAUGCAGGGUGUGUUAUAUACAGACCUUUGAAUGUGUAUGUAUCAUUUUGUAUAAUAUGCUUGGAUUCUGUGCUUUCCAUCUUGUAGAGUCACUGUGACUUCAGUUUCGAAAGGAGCUGAUGGUUUACCUGCUUUGUUUUGUCCUUAUUCAAUAAAGGAACAUAAUGUUACACAUUGUGUUUUUAUAUUCAUAUGGAAUGUGUAUUUGUUUAUAUGACAGAGUACUAGGGCCACACUGAAGAAAAAGGAUAAAGUCAUACAUUUAUGAGGCUGGUUCUUUCUGCAGAAAAGCUACAUAUUGUUUUUACAGUUUUGAUACUUAUGACAAUGUGAUACUUAAUAUUCUGGCACAUCAGCAUGUCUUUGUUUAUGAAACCAUACUGAAGUACAAUUUCACGAAAUGCCCCACAUCUGUCAUUUUAACAACUGUCCUCCUUUAAAACAACUGGUUACAAUAUUAUUACUUGUGUUUUUUUCCCCUCUGUGGCCCUAAUAUUCUAUCAUUUUAUAUAUAGCCUUAU